CGUCGCUGCCUCGUUCCCGUGUCACUGAAGUUGAGUGAGAUUGAGAAAAGAAUUUAAAAAUCGAUUAAACUCUAGCUAGCCCUGUGCAGCACUUAUCUUUUGCUCAGAGUAAUUGCUUUGCACUUCACAUCUAAUUUCGCCGCACUUGUUCAGUGAAUUUAUUUUAGUAAAAUUGUGAUCGUAAGUCGCCAAAAAUGUCGCAAGUGCAUACAAAGAGUGGCGACUCCGUUCAAGAUGAGAAAGUGUUGCUGCCUUAUACUUACAUUCAGCAAGUGCCCGGCAAACAGAUACGGUCAAAGCUCACCUCUGCUUUCAACUACUGGCUCAAGGUAUCUGAUGAGAAGCUACAUGCCAUCGGGGAGAUCAUUCAGAUGCUGCAUAACUCCAGCUUACUGAUCGACGACAUUCAAGACAACUCGAUUUUGCGGCGCGGCAUCCCGGUUGCGCACUCCAUCUACGGCGUGGCCAGUACCAUCAACGCGGCCAACUACGUCAUGAUCAUAGCACUCGAGAAGAGCCUCGAGCUGGGACACCCGCAGGCAACAGCAGUUUACACAGAACAGUUAUUAGACCUACACAGAGGUCAGGGCUUGGAGAUAUAUUGGAGAGACAACUUCCAAUGUCCCUCUGAGGACGAGUACAAACAGAUGACCAUCAAAAAGACGGGCGGGCUGUUUAUGCUGGCCAUCCGCCUAAUGCAGCUGUUCAGCGACAACAAGUCCGACUUCAGCAAGCUGGCAGCCAUAUUCGGGCUAUACUUCCAGAUCAGGGAUGACUACUGUAACUUGUGCCUGCAGGAAUACUCUGAAAACAAAAGCUACUGUGAAGAUCUGACGGAGGGCAAAUUUAGUUUUCCCAUCAUCCACGCCAUCAGGAACCAGAAGGGAGACAACCAAGUACUUCACAUCUUGCGUCAACGCACGCGCGACGUGGAGGUGAAGCGGUACUGCAUAUCGCUGCUGGAGCGGCUCGGGAGCUUCGCAUACACGCGCGCCACUCUCACGCAACUCGAUGCCGAUGCUAGAGCAGAGGUAGCCGCGUUAGGUGGAAAUCCACUGCUCGAGGCUCUUCUCGAUGAUCUUCUAAGCUGGAAACGGGAUGGCCAGCACACCAUUCCCAACAGCGCGUAAAGAAGACUCAAAGAAAAGCGCGUGAGUCCCUCACAUAGACAUAGAGAAUGGGCUGGAAUAUGAAAUGGAAAGAUAGAAAACGAAAUUGUGCGACUAAUGGGCAGCAAAAUUGUGAAAGGGACGAAGCAAUCGAACGACCAGUACUUUAAGUUCGAAUUUGUCUGACAGCUGGUUAAUGAAUACCAAAGGAAUACCCAGAGUCCUCUCUAUGUCUGUGGUCCCCCAAGCGCUCGUUAAUUUUAAAAAAUCAACCUCAUUAGGUGCAAUGUUUACUAUUAAGGUUUGAACGCGUGUAACGUAUUUGACCAUUCGUAUACGUUUCAUUUCAUGAGAAUUAAUUUAUACUUGUGUUGUUUUUAGAAAAUUUACAGCUAAUUACGUAAUACAUCUGGGUUGCAAGUCCUGGGGCCAAUAUUUUUCUUUCACAUCACGGUGUAGAAAGAUCACAUUGAUUCUUAGGUUUGUCGGGGCUCGUAAAAAGAUUUACUUUUAGGCAAUUAUCUCCAUUAGUAUCAGAAAAUCCACGGAUUUCUUAGUAGUUUCGUGUUUGAUUCUGUCACUGAUACGUCUACCAUAUUAUUCCAUGUUAAUUUAUAUUCGAUGUUAUUUGGCAUAUUAAUUCAGCUGCGCAAAGGAGCUGCUAAGCCCCACUUGCUGUGUUGCAAGUGCGAAUAAAAAGAAGUAAAUGCUGUACAAAUUAAUAUGUAAACUUGUAAAUUAACGUACGAAUUAUUGAAUAUAUUGAGUGCUGGUAAUAAACCAAAAGAUAAUAAUGAUUUUCAGUCAAGCAUAAUAUUAGUGUUAUCAUUUUCUGAUAUUCGUUUAAUUGAAGUUAGUUUAACAUACCAAUUACAAACUACGAGAGAUGGGCCGACUAGUCGCCGGCUAGUCGGAAAGGACGACUUUUCGGUAUCAUUUUAAGUCGGCGACUGUUCGGCAAAAUAUGUCGAAUGCUGUGCGAAAUGUCAAUUUCAAAAUUUGCGUGGAAACUCAAACAGCAGCGCCGCAACGGAGUGAAUGAGAACUGAACAUCAGUACACAUUUGGCAAUGACAUUUUGGACUCGCAAACUAUUCGAAUUCGAGAUUGGUUCGUGCUAAGGGUACAGUUGGCUAGUCGGUUAGUCGGCAAAUACUAUAGUCGGCCCAUCUCUACAAACUACCUUUAGAAUAGUUAAAUAAAAUAUAGACUGUUAAACACUAUACCCUGUCUGCGCGUCGUCGCGCUUCGCGCUCUUGCAUUGCGCAGUCGGGUAAUAAAAAAUUGAGAAUGUACCUUUUAAGGUACAUUUUGAAUGUUAGGUUUAUUAAUACGUGUAAAUCAAUGUCAGACUAUUAUUAUCUCUUUCGUGAAGGCAUGAUAUGUACUUGCUAAUGGAUAGGUAUAGACAAGGGAGGAAGAUCUAUAACCCACAACAUGAGCCCAGUGUAAUCAGUAGGUGGUGUAUGCUCAUGGAUAUUAACAAAAAAAUUACAUCUAAAACAAAAUUGCUACUUUUUUGUUUCACAGAUUUUGUUUGCCCAUGUAUAGAAAUUGUAAUUAAAUCGUGCUUUUGUUGUUUUUUAUUGUUUUUUUAUAAGUUUUGCAUUGCUAAUAUUGUAAAUUUUCAAUCGAAUUAAUUGGGAAUGUAUUUGUUAUGUAUUGUGGUGCUUACUUAAAAUACUGAUAGAAAUAAAUUCUGGCUCAGGGGCAGAAUUAAAAACAGUUUGCAUGCUUUAAUGGAAUGACUGACCUAUAAGUUCUUAAGUCACCAUUGACAUAGGAAAACCACAGGGAUGUUUGCAAUUUUUUUUGUAUACUAUUUGCGUAUUUUAAAGGUAAGCGUUGCGAACAAUAAUUAAAAAAAAAACACUGGUGCAAAUAUUGUUAUAAUAAAUAGUCGCAAAACACUGUAACUUUGUUGUUGUAAAAAUGAGUUGUAACUUAACGUUACACGUUUUCUGUCAAUCUAUUCAUUUUAAAUUUCCGAUGAUAGUACCGGCUAAACGAUGGUUCAAUGAAAAAGCUGUAAUAAUUAUAGUCUCAACACCUACAUCAGCAGCAAUGUGUGUUUCUAAAACACUACCAGCAAAGUAAUCAAACAAAAUGAGUUCACAAUUCAAACGCAAUGAUACAUACGACGACAGUAUGUUCACGUCGCUGGUUUCUGCGUGUUGGUUCGCAUCACAAGUAGUUUUAGCUUUGUCAUUCGAUGUAUCAAUAAUUAUGAAGAAGCGUAACAAUAGCACGAGUGUUCGUUUAGUAAAUCUGUCUGUGUGGCUCGCACUUAGUUAUUAAGUUGGGUGGACCAUGGUAGGCCACUCUAACGAAUAAACAGUUUUUCUUGGUUAAAAUUAUUAAUUAACAUUUUGUUUUAUUGUGUAACAUGUAAAUAACUUCUUUUUAUUCUAAAUGUAAUCACGAUUUAUUAAACUUAACUUUUAUUAAGCUCUUCCAAACGGCCUUCCUAGGAAUAGGUCUGUAUACAAGGCCAAUAUUAUAAAUCAGGUGUUCAACUUAAAACUAGAGCUGUAAAUAUGUAAAAUUCAUGAGUUUGAUGGAGCUUAGUGUGAGUGGGAGGAAUUUAUCGUCACAUGACAGUAACUAAGAUUUUUUUCAAGUUGGCCUUCGAAGGAGCAUGGCCUUCCACGUUCCACCCACCUUAUGUCGUUUCAUUGGAAAGUGUAAACGAACGAGCAAUAGGACAACGAAUUUUACCUCGCGUGCUGAUACUAUAGCCCAAAAUGUGCAAUAUUAAUAUUAUUUUAAAAGCUAAUGAUGAAAAACUCUAAAUGU